GCUGGCCGAAGUUGCAAGAACACAGCCAGUCAGCUCUUUUCGCAGGAACCGAUUCGACAACGGAUACCAUGGAGAUGGACCUAUCAUCUCAAGCAGAAGAAUCAAUCGGAGGAACCAUAGAACAGGAAAAUACGGAAGGAAUGACAAUAGAUAUAGAGAAUAUAGAAGACAAUGGCCAGAUGCAGGUUUCGGCUACCGGGGUUGAUACAAAUUGCACAGAGAUAAAGAAUUUACAAAAAUUAUACUUUCCACAAGAGGCAGCAGGAAAGAAAACAAGCCUAUCAAGGAAUUUAGGACUAUUUGUGGAUAUGGAUGGAUUAUUAAGAUGUAAAGGUCGGCUUAUGAACACAAUGUGUUCAUAUGACACCAAAUAUCCGAUACUGAUACCUAAGAACUCAGAAUUUACAGACAGACUGAUCCUGGAGACUCAUCAGAAGUACUACCAUGUGGGAGCCCCACAUACACUAAGCAUUAUUCGCCAGAAAUACUGGAUUCCUCAAGGAAGAGCUAAGGUCCAGCGAAUAAUUAGAAAAUGCCAGCAGUGUAUUAAACACGGAGGUGGUCCCUACAAACUUCCGCCCACACCAGCACUGCCAGCAGAACGUGCUAAUUAUAGUGCUCCUUUCACAUAUACCGGAAUCGACUAUUUCGGGCCAAUCUUUGUCACGGAGGACGGACACAUGAGAAAAAGAUGGAUUUGUCUGUAUACAUGUCUGGCUGUACGCGCAAUUCACAUGGAAGUAGUUAAGGAUUUAACUGCAGAGGAAUGUUUACUUGCAAUGAGAAGAUUCAUAUCUACACGAGGAAAACCAGAACUCGUAGUCUCGGACAAUGCAUUACAGUUUAAAUUAACUGCAGAAUUAUUGGCGAACACAUACUUCGUGGACAAUAAGAUAAGGUGGAAAUUUAUCCCUCAGCUCAGUCCAUGGCAUGGAGGGUUUUAUGAAAGGCUGGUCGGCGUUGUGAAGAAUUGCAUGAAGAGAACCUUAGAGAAGAGAGUUCUAAAUGACUCACAGCUAGGUACAGUUGUGAAAGAAAUCGAAGCUGUGGCGAACUCACGUCCACUUACUUGUGUUGGGUCUGAUAUAGAAUAUGUUUUACGGCCGGCAGACUUUCUAACCUACGGGAAAUGUAUAGCGAUUGAACCUUCUAUACAAAAUCCGCAUCCAGGUGGUACAGUCACAAAAGAAAAUCUAAUUGAAGGAUGGAAGAAGGGUAGAGUGAUCCUAGAAGAAUUUAAAAGAAUGUUUCUGGGACAAUACCUUUGCAGUCUACGUGAAAGGUACCAACAUUCACACAAGGAACCCCGAGUUAAAACUAACCAAAGCCCUCAUAUUGGUGACAUAGUCCAGAUUAAAGGUGACUCUAAAAAUAGAGAGAACUGGAAGGUGGGAAAGAUCAUCAGUUUAGAACGAGGUGCCGACGGAGAGUGCAGAGUUGCAAAGGUCAAUGUUGAAGGAAAGGAAUUUAUAAGGUCGAUAGGUCACUUAUAUCCACUAGAGGUGGAAGAAGAUACACUAGAAGAUCCAAGAACCGAAGAAAGAAUCCUAGAAAAUCCAGAUGUAAGGGAGACAGAGGAAUCUUCACUACAGGAAAUCCCAGAGAUAUCUGAAAGAGAAACCAGAUGUCCUGAAAGGGAAUCAACAGAACAGAUGCCACAAGAAAUUGCAGUAGAGGAUGAUGUUAGAUUGGAAACCAAUGGUUCAGACGAAAUGCUCACUCCCGUAGAACGUGUGCAGAGAAAUGGCAGUGUUGAGCGUGCUAACGUGGUGACUGAAGGUGACGAAGAGGUAGAGAGAGUAGAAACUGUGUCAAAUGCGAAUGAAGAAAGAAUUAGGAGAGCAGCUGCUGUCCGGGCGAGAGAAAGGAUUGCCCAAUGGACUAGCCAGCUGAUAGCCCUGCUAUAGAAACUCGCGCCGCUGGGGAAUGUCGCGACGUACGCGAUCCUCAACAAAAUAGCAGUAGGAGGAAGAAGAGAUUUUUUCCCCAACGGAACAAUGUUCGCGUGGCGGGAAGUAAGUUGAAUAGAAAGAAAGAAGACCUGCGGGUUUAAAUCGGUGAGUGUUAGAAAUAUAGUCUCAUCUGUGAUUGUAUUAGAGAGAUGAAGGGAUAAUUAAGAAUGAAGAAUGAGAAUUAGAAUAGAAACAGCCAAGAAUAAGCCAAAUGGUUGUGAGUGGACAGGGUCGGGCUAUAAGGGGAGUUGUGGAGGCCCGCGGCGGAGAAAGAAUCUCCGCCAAACAAUCAGAAUAGAAUUUACGUUGUAUCAGAAUCUAAAAUGAGUAUAAAUUUGGAAAUCACUUCAUCUCUCACUCUGUAGUAUUAUGUUGUAUAUUUUCAGAUAUAUAUCUUGUCGUUAUGUCUCGUUAGAACUCAGGCAUGGUUGAUACUUUGGUUGUCAACCUUGCAU